GGCAGCCGCCACUCCCCAGGCUCACAGGAAGAAACUGGGACGCUGCGGACGCGGAGCUGGCCAGCCCCGCGGCGCGUGGCACGCGCGAGCCCUCCCGCGCAUGCUCCACCCGCCGGCCUCCAGCCCGCGCCCCGGGCCCCGCCUCCCUCCCCGCUUCCCCCCUCCCCCGUCAGCCUCCCUCCGAGUUUGGCCCCUCCGGCCGGGCGAUCGACGUUCCGCGUGCGUGCGGGCGCCUGACUUCACUUCCGGCUAGCGCGCUCGGCUUGCCCCCUGGCCCCGGAUGGUGACUGGCGGUGGUGCUGCACCUCCCGGGACUGUCACUGAGCCGCUUCCCAGUGUGAUUGUGCUGAGCGCAGGCCGGAAGAUGGCGGCUGCGGCUGCGGCGGCCUCGGGCCCCGGCUGCUCCUCGGCGGCGGGGGCGGGGGCGGCCGGGGUCUCAGAGUGGCUGGUGCUGCGGGACGGCUGCAUGCACUGCGACGCCGACGGGCUGCACAGCCUGUCCUACCACCCUGCGCUCAACGCCAUCCUGGCCGUCACUAGCCGCGGGACCAUCAAAGUCAUCGACGGCACCUCGGGGGCCACACUGCAGGCCUCCGCGCUCAGUGCUAAACCAGGUGGACAGGUGAAAUGUCAGUAUAUUUCUGCUGUGGAUAAAGUUAUAUUUGUGGAUGAUUAUGCAGUAGGGUGUAGGAAGGAUCUUAAUGGAAUCUUGUUGUUAGACACUGCUCUGCAAACUCCAGUUUCAAAGCAGGAUGAUGUGGUUCAGCUUGAAUUACCCGUUACAGAGGCACAGCAGCUCUUAUCAGCAUGUUUAGAAAAGGUAGAUAUUUCUAGUACAGAGGGUUAUGAUCUGUUCAUCACACAGCUCAAAGAUGGUUUAAAAAAUACAUCUCAUGAGACUGCAGCAAACCACAAAGUUGCUAAGUGGGCCACAGUUACAUUUCAUCUUCCUCAUCAUGUGUUGAAGUCCAUUGCCAGUGCCAUUGUAAAUGAACUCAAGAAAAUAAAUCAAAAUGUUGCUGCCUUACCUGUGGCGUCCUCAGUGAUGGACAGAUUGUCUUACCUCUUACCUAGUGCACGUCCAGAACUCGGAGUGGGGCCAGGCCGUUCUGUAGACAGAUCACUGAUGUAUAGUGAAGCUAACAGACGGGAGACAUUUACCUCAUGGCCUCAUGUAGGCUAUAGGUGGGCACAACCAGAUCCUAUGGCUCAAGCUGGAUUUUAUCAUCAGCCUGCCUCAUCUGGAGAUGAUAGAGCCAUGUGUUUUACUUGUAGUGUAUGCCUCGUUUGUUGGGAACCUACUGAUGAACCUUGGUCUGAACACGAAAGACAUUCCCCAAACUGCCCAUUUGUGAAAGGUGAGCACACACAGAAUGUGCCAUUGUCAGUCACUCUUGCAACAAGUCCUGCACAGUUUCCUUGUACGGAUGGAACUGACAGAAUAUCUUGCUUUGGGUCGGGGAGCUGCCCUCAUUUUCUGGCUGCUGCAACUAAACGAGGAAAGAUCUGCAUAUGGGAUGUUUCCAAACUUAUGAAGGUGCACUUAAAGUUUGAAAUUAAUGCCUAUGAUCCAGCAAUUGUACAACAGCUUAUUCUAUCAGGAGACCCAAGCUCAGGAGUUGAUUCAAGGAGACCAACUUUGGCGUGGCUGGAGGACUCCUCUAGUUGCUCAGAUAUACCAAAAUUGGAAGGAGAUAGUGAUGAUUUACUGGAGGAUUCAGACAGUGAAGAGCAUUCCAGAUCAGAUUCUGUGACAGGGCAUACAUCACAGAAGGAAGCCAUGGAAGUAAGCCUUGAUAUAACAGCACUCAGCAUUCUCCAACAGCCAGAAAAACUUCAGUGGGAGAUUGUUGCAAAUGUGCUUGAAGAUACUGUUAAGGAUCUUGAAGAACUUGGGGCAAAUCCUUGUUUAACAAACUCUAAGAGUGAAAAGACAAAGGAAAAGCACCAGGAGCAACACAACAUUCCUUUUCCAUGUUUAUUAGCUGGAGGUUUAUUAACAUAUAAAUCUCCUGCUACCUCACCCAUUAGUAGUAAUUCUCACAGGUCACUGGAUGGUUUAAGCAGAACUCAGGGUGAAAGUAUAUCAGAACAAGGGUCAACUGACAAUGAAUCCUGCACUAAUUCAGAACUAAAUUCUCCUCUGGUAAGGAGGACUUUACCGGUUUUGCUUCUUUAUAGCAUCAAGGAAUCUGAUGAGAAAGCAGGAAAGAUCUUUUCACAGAUGAACAAUAUUAUGAGUAAAAGUUUGCAUGAUGAUGGUUUUACUGUUCCACAGAUUAUUGAAAUGGAGCUGGAUAGUCAGGAGCAGUUGUUAUUGCAGGAUCCUCCUGUGACUUACAUUCAGCAAUUUGCAGAUGCAGCAGCCAACCUUACCUCUCCGGAUUCUGAGAAGUGGAACUCUGUGUUUCCCAAGCCUGGGACUUUGGUUCAGUGCUUGAGGCUGCCAAAGUUUGCAGAGGAGGAGAAUCUUUGUAUAGACUCAAUAACUCCUUGUGCUGACGGAAUUCAUUUGUUGGUAGGACUGCGGACAUGCCCUGUUGAAUCCUUGAGUGCAAUAAAUCAAGUAGAGGCCUUGAAUAAUUUAAAUAAAUUAAACUCUGCACUAUGUAAUAGACGGAAAGGUGAGCUGGAAUCAAAUCUUGCUGUAGUGAAUGGUGCAAAUAUUAGUGUAAUCCAACAUGAAUCACCAGCAGAUGUACAGACUCCUUUAAUAAUUCAGCCUGAGCAGAGGAAUGUUAGUGGUGGAUAUUUAGUGCUUUAUAAAAUGAAUUAUGCCACUCGGAUAGUGACUUUAGAAGAGGAGCCAAUAAAAAUACAACAUAUCAAAGAUCCCCAGGACACAAUUACCUCGCUCAUUUUGCUUCCACCCGAUAUAUUGGAUAAUCGAGAGGAUGACUGUGAGGAACCUAUUGAGGACAUGCAGUUAACCUCAAAGAAUGGUUUUGAGAGAGAAAAAACGUCUGACAUUUCUACUCUUGGACACCUGGUAAUAACCACUCAGGGAGGAUAUGUAAAAAUACUAGAUCUUUCAAACUUUGAAAUUUUGGCCAAAGUGGAGCCUCCCAAAAAGGAGGGCACUGAGGAACAGGACACAUUUGUUUCUGUGAUUUACUGUUCUGGCACAGACAGGCUGUGUGCGUGCACCAAAGGUGGUGAGCUUCAUUUUCUCCAAAUUGGAGGAACCUGUGAUGAUAUUGAUGAAGCUGAUAUACUAGUGGAUGGAUCUCUUUCUAAAGGAAUAGAACCAUCUUCAGAAGGUUCCAAGCCUUUAUCAAAUCCUUCAAGUCCUGGCAUUUCAGGAGUUGAUUUAUUGGUGGACCAGCCAUUCACCCUUGAAAUCUUGACAUCCCUAGUGGAGUUAACCCGCUUUGAGACUUUGACUCCAAGGUUUUCAGCGACUGUUCCUCCAUGCUGGGUAGAAGUUCAACAAGAACAGCAGCAAAGGAGGCAUCCUCAACAUUUGCAUCAGCAACACCAUGGUGAUGCUGCUCAGCAUACUCGAACUUGGAAACUACAGACCGACAGCAACAGCUGGGAUGAACAUGUAUUUGAAUUAGUACUACCUAAAGCUUGUAUGGUUGGACAUGUGGACUUCAAAUUCGUUUUGAACUCAAACAUCACCAAUAUUCCACAGAUACAAGUGACACUGCUGAAAAAUAAAGCUCCAGGAUUAGGGAAAGUCAAUGGUCUUAGAUUAUGUCCAUUUUUGGAGGAUCAUAAAGAAGACAUUCUAUGUGGGCCAGUAUGGCUUGCUAGUGGCCUUGAUCUAUCAGGGCAUGCUGGAAUGUUGACGUUAACAAGCCCCAAACUUGUUAAAGGUAUGGCAGGAGGAAAAUAUCGUUCGUUUUUAAUCCAUGUCAAGGCAGUGAAUGAAAGAGGAACAGAAGAGAUUUGUAAUGGUGGUAUGCGUCCUGUAGUAAGGCUUCCAUCCCUAAAACACCAGAGUAACAAGGGUUAUUCACUUGCUUCACUUUUGGCUAAAGUUGCAGCAGGCAAGGAAAAAUCAUCUAAUGUUAAGAAUGAAAAUACAAGUGGCACCCGUAAAUCUGAAAACCUCCGGGGCUGUGAUUUACUUCAAGAGGUCUCAGUCACCAUUCGAAGAUUUAAGAAAACUUCAGUUUCUAAGGAAAGAGUGCAACGAUGUGCCAUGUUACAGUUUUCAGAAUUUCAUGAGAAGCUUCUUAAUACUCUUUGCAGAAAAACAGAUGAUGGUCAGAUCACAGAACAUGCCCAGAGCCUUGUGUUGGAUACUCUCUGUUGGUUAGCUGGAGUUCAUUCAAAUGGACCCGGAAGCUCAAAGGAAGGAAAUGAGAACCUACUUUCAAAAACACGAAAAUUUCUGUCAGACAUCGUACGUGUUUGCUUCUUUGAGGCAGGACGAAGUAUAGCCCAUAAGUGUGCCCGAUUUCUAGCCUUGUGCAUUAGUAAUGGCAAAUGUGACCCAUGUCAACCAGCAUUUGGAUCUGUUCUGUUGAAGGCUUUACUUGAUAAUAUGUCAUUUUUACCUGCAGCAGCAACUGGUGGUUCUGUCUAUUGGUAUUUUGUCUUACUGAAUUAUGUGAAAGAUGAAGAUCUGGCUGGAUGCAGUACAGCUUGUGCAUCUUUGCUUACUGCAGUGUCCAGACAGUUACAGGACAGGCUAACACCAAUGGAGGCUUUACUUCAGACAAGAUAUGGAUUAUAUAGCUCACCAUUUGAUCCAGUCCUCUUUGAUUUGGAGAUGAGUGGCUCUUCUUGUAAAAAUGUUUAUAACAGCAGCAUUGGUGUCCAGUCAGAUGAAAUUGAUUUAUCAGAUGUCCUUUCAGGAAAUGGAAAGGUCAGUAGCUGCACAGCUGCUGAGGGUAGUUUCACAUCUCUCACUGGACUUUUGGAAGUUGAACCUCUGCACUUUACUUGUGUGUCAACUAGUGAUGGAACCAGAAUAGAAAGGGAUGAUGCAAGUACGUUUACUGUGAGUUCCUUCGGGGUUACUCCUGCAGUAGGUGGACUAUCAUCUGGGACAGUUGGGGAAGCCUCGACAGCCCUGAGUUCAGCAGCCCAGGUAGCUUUGCAGUCUCUCUCUCAUGCAAUGGCUUCAGCCGAGCAACAGCUACAGGUGCUGCAAGAGAAACAGCAGCAGCUUUUGAAGCUUCAGCAACAGAAAGCAAAGCUGGAAGCCAAGUUACAUCAGACAACAGCUGCAGCAGCUGCAGCAGCAUCAGCAGUAGGUCCUGUUCACAACUCUGUGCCUUCCAACCCAGUGGCUGCCCCUGGAUUCUUCAUUCAUCCAUCUGAUGUUAUUCCACCCACUCCAAAAACAACACCUCUUUUUAUGACUCCACCACUCACUCCACCCAAUGAAGCAGUUUCCGUUGUGAUUAAUGCUGAACUUGCACAGCUUUUCCCAGGCUCAGUCAUUGAUCCCCCAGCAGUCAAUCUUGCUGCACAUAACAAAAAUUCCAACAAGUCCAGAAUGAAUCCACUUGGUUCUGGUCUAGCCCUUGCAAUUUCUCAUGCUUCACAUUUUCUUCAACCUCCGCCUCACCAGUCCAUUAUUAUAGAGCGAAUGCAUUCAGGAGCAAGGAGAUUUGUGACCUUGGAUUUUGGGAGGCCUAUAUUGUUGACUGAUGUAUUGAUUCCCACUUGUGGAGACUUGGCCUCUUUGUCAAUUGACAUUUGGACAUUAGGAGAAGAGGUGGAUGGAAGGCGGUUGGUAGUGGCAACUGAUAUAAGCACCCAUUCACUAAUUCUUCAUGACUUAAUACCACCUCCCGUGUGCAGAUUCAUGAAGAUCACUGUCAUUGGACGUUACGGGAGUACAAAUGCCAGAGCCAAAAUCCCAUUAGGAUUUUACUAUGGUCAUACCUACAUCUUGCCUUGGGAAAGUGAACUGAAGUUAAUGCAUGAUCCUCUAAAGGGAGAGGGAGAAUCUGCAAACCAGCCAGAAAUUGACCAGCAUUUAGCAAUGAUGGUUGCUUUACAGGAGGAUAUACAAUGCAGGUAUAACUUGGCUUGUCAUCGUCUGGAAACCCUUUUGCAAAGUAUUGAUCUUCCUCCUCUAAACAGUGCUAACAAUGCACAGUACUUUUUACGAAAACCAGAUAAGGCAGUUGAGGAAGACAGUAGGGUUUUUUCUGCUUAUCAAGAUUGUAUUCAGCUACAGCUUCAACUAAAUUUGGCUCAUAAUGCAGUGCAGAGGCUCAAAGUGGCGCUAGGUGCAAGCCGGAAGAUGUUGAGUGAAACAUCAAAUCCAGAAGAUUUAAUUCAGACAUCUUCCACAGAGCAGUUACGUACUAUCAUCAGAUAUUUACUGGACACUUUGCUCAGCCUGCUUCAUGCUUCUAAUGGACACUCUGUUCCUGCAGUUUUGCAGAGCACAUUUCAUGCCCAGGCCUGUGAAGAGCUCUUUAAACACUUGUGCAUCAGUGGAACCCCAAAGAUACGGUUACAUACUGGUCUUCUUCUUGUUCAACUGUGUGGUGGUGAAAGAUGGUGGGGUCAAUUUCUUUCUAAUGUCCUUCAGGAAUUGUACAAUUCGGAACAGCUUCUCAUCUUUCCACAGGAUAGGGUCUUCAUGUUACUUUCCUGCAUUGGUCAAAGAUCACUUAGUAAUAGUGGAGUAUUAGAAAGCUUACUUAAUCUCUUGGAUAAUUUAUUGUCACCUCUUCAGCCACAGUUACCCAUGCAUAGGAGGACAGAAGGAGUACUAGAUAUUCCCAUGAUCAGUUGGGUUGUUAUGCUGGUGUCCAGGUUGCUGGAUUAUGUGGCAACUGUUGAAGACGAAGCAGCAGCUGCAAAGAAACCUUUGAAUGGUAAAGACAGGGAGAGGUUUCUGACAGGUAAUCAGUGGAGUUUUAUUAACAAUAAUCUACACACUCAGAGCUUAAAUAGAUCUUCUAAAGGCAGCAGUAGCCUUGAUAGAUUAUAUUCCAGAAAAAUCAGAAAGCAGCUUGUUCAUCAUAAACAGCAACUUAACCUAUUAAAAGCAAAGCAGAAGGCAUUGGUAGAACAGAUGGAAAAAGAAAAAAUACAAAGUAACAAAGGAUCAUCAUAUAAACUCCUGGUAGAACAAGCAAAACUAAAGCAGGCCACUUCAAAGCACUUUAAGGAUUUAAUUCGUUUACGUCGGACAGCAGAAUGGUCCCGUUCUAAUUUAGACACAGAAGUUACAACAGCAAAAGAAAGUCCUGAGAUAGAACCACUUCCAUUUACUCUGGCCCAUGAACGUUGUAUCUCAGUAGUCCAGAAACUUGUUCUGUUUCUUCUCUCCAUGGACUUUACAUGUCAUGCAGAUCUCUUAUUGUUUGUUUGUAAGGUUCUUGCACGUAUUGCAAAUGCCACGAGGCCAACUAUUCAUCUGUGUGAGAUUGUGAACGAACCCCAGCUGGAAAGACUGCUGUUACUUUUGGUUGGAACUGACUUCAAUAGAGGAGAUAUAUCUUGGGGUGGUGCUUGGGCUCAGUAUUCCUUAACUUGCAUGCUACAAGAUAUUUUAGCAGGAGAAUUACUGGCUCCAGUAGCCGCAGAAGCCAUGGAGGAAGGAACAGUGGGUGAUGAUGUAGGUGCGACAGCUGGUGACUCUGAUGACUCCCUUCAACAGUCCUCAGUUCAGUUGCUGGAAACUAUAGAUGAACCUUUGACACAUGACAUAACAGGUGCACCUCCUCUGUCCUCUUUGGAAAAAGAUAAAGAAAUUGACCUUGAGUUACUUCAGGAUCUAAUGGAAGUUGACAUUGAUCCUUUAGAUAUUGAUUUGGAAAAGGACCCUCUUGCAGCCAAGGUUUUUAAGCCAAUAAGCAGUACAUGGUAUGAUUAUUGGGGUGCUGAUUAUGGGACCUACAAUUACAACCCUUAUAUUGGAGGUCUGGGAAUUCCUGUAGCAAAGCCACCAGCAAACACGGAGAAGAAUGGAUCACAGACAGUUAGCGUUUCAGUCUCUCAGGCCCUGGAUGCUCGCCUAGAAGUUGGACUUGAACAGCAAGCAGAACUGAUGUUGAAAAUGAUGUCUACUCUGGAGGCAGAUUCCAUUUUACAGGCAUUAACAAAUACAUCUCCUACGUUAUCACAGUCUCCCACUGGAACAGAUGAUUCACUUCUAGGGGGUUUACAAGCAGCAAACCAAACCAGCCAGCUUAUUAUACAGUUAUCAUCUGUCCCAAUGUUAAAUGUUUGUUUCAACAAACUUUUUUCCAUGCUUCAAGUCCAUCAUGUUCAGUUGGAGUCACUUCUCCAAUUGUGGCUCACACUGAGCCUGAAUUCUAGUUCAUGUGGAAACAAAGAAAAUGGAGCAGACAUAUUUUUAUAUAAUGCUAAUAGGAUACCUGUUAUUUCAUUAAAUCAAGCAUCAAUAACUAGCUUUCUCACAGUGUUAGCUUGGUAUCCCAAUACUUUGCUCCGGACAUGGUGCCUUGUGCUUCAUAGCCUAACACUCAUGACAAACAUGCAGCUUAAUUCUGGUUCCAGCAGUGCCAUUGGAACUCAGGAGAGUACUGCUCAUUUGUUGGUUUCAGAUCCAAACCUAAUUCAUGUAUUAGUGAAAUUUCUUUCUGGCACCAGUCCACAUGGAACAAAUCAACACAGUCCACAGGUUGGUCCCACAGCUACACAAGCUAUGCAAGAAUUUCUUACUCGAUUACAAGUGCAUCUUUCUUCAACAUGUCCUCAGAUAUUCAGUGAAUUUUUGCUCAAGCUAAUUCAUAUACUUUCAACUGAAAGGGGUGCUUUCCAGACAGGCCAAGGACCUCUCGAUGCCCAAGUGAAGCUCUUAGAAUUCACUCUGGAGCAGAAUUUUGAAGUCGUUUCAGUUAGUACUAUUUCUGCCGUGAUAGAAUCGGUUACAUUUUUAGUGCACCACUAUAUCACUUGCUCAGACAAAGUAAUGUCAAGAAGUGGAUCAGAUAGCUCCGUGGGUGCUCGAGCAUGCUUUGGGGGACUCUUUGCCAAUCUUAUUCGUCCAGGUGAUGCAAAAGCAGUUUGUGGCGAAAUGACAAGAGAUCAACUCAUGUUUGAUUUGUUAAAACUUGUUAACAUUUUAGUGCAGCUGCCUCUUUCAGGCAAUAGGGAAUACAGUGCAAGAGUGUCUGUGACCACAAAUACAACAGAUAGUGUUUCAGAUGAAGAAAAAGUCUCAGGAGGCAAAGAUGGCAAUGGAAGCAGUACCAGUGUUCAAGGAUCGCCUGCAUAUGUUGCUGACUUAGUCUUAGCCAACCAACAAAUUAUGAGCCAGAUUUUGUCUGCUCUGGGCCUGUGUAAUAGCAGUGCCAUGGCAAUGAUAAUUGGAGCAAGUGGAUUACAUCUCACUAAACAUGAAAACUUUCAUGGUGGGUUGGAUGCCAUAUCAGUUGGGGAUGGAUUAUUUACCAUACUGACAACCCUUAGUAAAAAAGCUUCUACAGUCCACAUGAUGCUGCAGCCAAUUUUAACAUACAUGGCCUGUGGAUAUAUGGGCAGACAAGGCUCACUUGCUACUUGCCAGUUAUCUGAGCCAUUAUUGUGGUUCAUUUUGAGAGUAUUGGAUACUAGUGAUGCCUUGAAAGCAUUUCAUGAUAUGGGUGGUGUUCAGCUCAUAUGCAAUAAUAUGGUUACUAGUACAAGGGCUAUUGUGAACACUGCAAGAAGUAUGGUAUCAACUAUUAUGAAAUUUCUUGACUCUGGUCCAAAUAAAGCUGUUGACAGCACAUUGAAAACAAGAAUACUAGCUUCUGAGCCUGACAAUGCUGAAGGGAUUCAUAACUUUGCACCCCUUGGUACAAUCACAUCUAGCAGUCCUACUGCCCAACCAGCUGAAGUGCUGUUGCAGGCCACACCUCCUCACAGAAGAGCUCGCUCUGCUGCUUGGUCCUACAUCUUUCUUCCAGAGGAGGCUUGGUGUGACCUUACCAUUCACCUUCCUGCAGCAGUGCUACUUAAGGAGAUACAUAUCCAGCCUCAUCUUGCAUCUCUUGCAACCUGCCCUUCCUCAGUGUCUGUUGAAGUAAGUGCAGAUGGGGUAAAUAUGCUACCUUUGUCCACUCCUGUUGUCACAAGUGGCCUCACCUACAUAAAAAUUCAGCUUGUAAAAGCCGAAGUAGCUUCUGCUGUCUGCCUUAGACUACAUCGUCCACGGGAUGCCAGCACAUUAGGCCUUUCACAAAUUAAAUUAUUGGGGCUCACUGCUUUUGGUACCACCUCUUCUGCAACAGUUAAUAAUCCAUUCCUUCCAUCUGAAGAUCAGGUAUCCAAAACAAGUAUUGGAUGGUUACGGUUAUUACAUCAUUGCCUUACUCACAUAAGUGAUCUAGAAGGAAUGAUGGCAAGUGCAGCUGCACCUACUGCUAAUCUGCUGCAGACUUGUGCGGCCUUAUUGAUGUCACCUUACUGUGGAAUGCAUUCACCCAACAUCGAGGUUGUGCUUGUAAAGAUAGGACUGCAGUCUACUAGAAUUGGCCUGAAGCUCAUAGACAUUCUCCUGAGAAAUUGUGCAGCAUCAGGCAGUGAUCCUACAGAUUUGAAUAGUCCUUUACUUUUUGGAAGACUAAAUGGACUCUCUUCUGACUCUACGAUAGAUAUUCUUUACCAGCUUGGAACAACUCAGGAUCCUGGUACAAAAGACAGAAUUCAGGCCUUGUUAAAAUGGGUUAGUGAUUCUGCAAGAGUGGCUGCUAUGAAGAGAAGUGGCAGGAUGAACUACAUGUGUCCUAACUCCUCAACAGUAGAGUAUGGUCUUCUGAUGCCAUCUCCUUCUCAUUUGCACUGUGUAGCAGCCAUUCUGUGGCAUAGUUACGAGCUGCUUGUAGAAUAUGACUUACCAGCACUCCUGGACCAAGAGCUCUUUGAGUUACUUUUUAAUUGGUCCAUGUCUCUUCCCUGCAAUAUGGUUUUGAAGAAAGCUGUUGACAGUCUACUUUGCUCAAUGUGUCACGUACACCCAAACUAUUUUUCUUUGCUCAUGGGCUGGAUGGGAAUUACCCCUCCUCCAGUGCAAUGUCACCAUAGACUGUCCAUGACAGAUGAUAGCAAAAAGCAGGAUCUUAGUUCAUCUUUAACAGAUGACUCUAAAAAUGCACAAGCACCUCUCGCAUUAACUGAAUCACAUUUGGCUACCCUUGCUUCCUCUUCUCAAUCUCCUGAAGCUAUUAAACAAUUACUAGACUCAGGUUUGCCUUCUCUUCUUGUGAGGAGUCUGGCUAGUUUCUGCUUUAGCCACAUUUCUAACUCAGAAAGCAUUGCUCAGUCAAUAGAUAUUUCCCAGGACAAACUCAGGCGCCAUCAUGUCCCACAACAAUGUAAUAAGAUGCCUAUCACAGCAGACCUAGUUGCUCCUAUUCUUAGGUUUUUGACAGAAGUUGGCAAUAGCCAUAUUAUGAAAGAUUGGCUUGGUGGUUCUGAAGUCAAUCCACUAUGGACAGCACUUCUGUUUUUAUUGUGUCACUCUGGGUCCACUUCUGGAAGCCAUAAUUUAGGUGCACAACAGACCAGUGCAAGAUCAGCUUCUCUUUCUUCAGCUGCUACAACAGGAUUGACUACUCAACAGCGCACAGCAAUUGAGAAUGCAACUGUUGCGUUCUUUCUGCAGUGCAUUUCAUGCCAUCCUAAUAAUCAAAAGCUGAUGGCACAGGUUCUUUGUGAACUAUUUCAGACAUCUCCUCAAAGAGGGAACCUUCCAACAUCUGGGAACAUUUCAGGGUUUAUACGAAGAUUAUUUUUACAGUUGAUGCUGGAAGAUGAGAAAGUGACAAUGUUUCUUCAGUCUCCGUGUCCACUGUACAAAGGUAGAAUUAAUGCUACUAGCCACGUCAUCCAGCAUCCAAUGUAUGGAGCAGGCCACAAAUUCCGUACUCUUCAUUUGCCAGUCUCAACAACAUUAUCAGAUGUUCUUGACAGAGUGUCAGAUACUCCAAGUAUCACAGCUAAAUUAAUUAGUGAACAAAAAGAUGACAAAGAAAAGAAAAACCAUGAAGAGAAAGAAAAAGUUAAAGCGGAAAAUGGAUUUCAAGACAAUUACAGUGUUGUUGUUGCCUCUGGGCUGAAGUCUCAAUCUAAACGUGCUGUGUCAGCUACACCACCUCGCCCACCAUCCAGGAGGGGGAGGACAAUACCUGAUAAAAUAGGAAGUACUUCAGGAGCAGAGGCUGCCAACAAAAUAAUUACUGUCCCAGUGUUUCACCUGUUUCACAAACUCUUGGCAGGCCAGCCAUUGCCAGCUGAAAUGACACUUGCCCAGCUUUUAACUCUCCUAUAUGACCGAAAACUUCCUCAGGGUUACCGCUCAAUAGAUCUGACUGUUAAAUUGGGAUCAAGAGUUAUAACAGACCCCAGUCUAUCAAAAACAGAUUCUUAUAAAAGACUACACCCUGAAAAAGAUCAUGGAGACUUACUUGCUAGCUGUCCAGAAGAUGAGGCUCUCACUCCAGGUGAUGAAUGCAUGGAUGGGAUAUUGGAUGAAUCUUUGCUUGAAACCUGUCCAAUUCAGUCACCAUUACAAGUUUUUGCAGGGAUGGGUGGACUGGCUCUUAUUGCUGAAAGACUACCCAUGCUAUAUCCAGAAGUAAUUCAACAGGUGAGUGCUCCAGUUGUAACAUCUACCACUCAGGAAAAGCCGAAGGAUAGCGAUCAGUUUGAAUGGGUGACCAUUGAACAGUCAGGGGAGUUAGUUUAUGAAGCACCAGAAAGUGUUGCAGCUGAACCUCCACCUAUCAAGUCAGCAGUACAGACCAUGUCUCCCAUACCUGCCCAUUCUUUGGCUGCUUUUGGAUUAUUUCUUCGUCUUCCGGGCUAUGCGGAAGUGCUACUGAAAGAGAGAAAACAUGCCCAGUGCCUUCUUCGAUUGGUAUUGGGAGUGACAGAUGAUGGAGAAGGAAGUCAUAUUCUUCAAUCUCCAUCAGCCAAUGUGCUUCCAACCCUUCCUUUCCACGUCCUUCGUAGCUUGUUUAGCACUACACCUUUGACAACUGAUGAUGGUGUACUUCUAAGGCGGAUGGCAUUGGAAAUUGGAGCCUUACACCUCAUUCUUGUCUGUCUCUCUGCUUUGAGCCAUCAUGCCCCACGAGUUCCAAACUCUAGCGUGAAUCAAACUGAGCCACAGGUGUCAAGCUCUCAUAACCCUACAUCAACAGAAGAACAACAGUUAUAUUGGGCCAAAGGGACUGGCUUUGGAACAGGCUCUACAGCUUCUGGGUGGGAUGUGGAACAAGCCUUAACUAAGCAAAGGCUGGAAGAGGAACAUGUUACCUGCCUUCUGCAGGUUCUUGCCAGUUACAUAAAUCCCGUCAGUAGUGCGGUAAAUGGAGAAGCUCAGUCAUCUCAUGAGACUAGAGGGCAGAACAGUAAUGCCCUUCCGUCUGUACUUCUCGAGCUUCUCAGUCAGUCCUGCCUCAUCCCAGCCAUGUCGUCUUAUCUACGAAAUGAUUCAGUUCUGGACAUGGCAAGACAUGUGCCACUCUAUCGGGCACUGCUGGAAUUGCUUCGGGCCAUUGCUUCUUGUACUGCCAUGGUGCCCCUAUUGUUGCCCCUUUCUACAGAGAACGGUGAAGAGGAAGAAGAACAGUCAGAAUGUCAAACUUCUGUUGGUACAUUGUUAGCCAAAAUGAAGACCUGUGUUGAUACCUAUACCAACCGUUUAAGAUCUAAAAGGGAAAAUGUUAAAACAGGAGUAAAACCAGAUGCGUCUGAUCAAGAACCAGAAGGACUUACUCUUUUGGUACCAGACAUCCAAAAGACUGCUGAGAUAGUUUAUGCAGCCACCACCAGUUUGCGGCAAGCAAAUCAGGAAAAAAAACUGGGUGAAUACUCCAAGAAGGCGGCUAUGAAACCCAAACCUUUGUCAGUAUUAAAGUCACUUGAAGAAAAAUAUGUGGCUGUUAUGAAGAAAUUACAGUUCGAUACAUUUGAAAUGGUUUCUGAAGAUGAAGAUGGGAAAUUGGGAUUUAAAGUAAAUUACCACUACAUGUCUCAGGUGAAAAAUGCUAAUGAUGCGAACAGUGCUGCCAGAGCUCGCCGCCUUGCCCAGGAAGCUGUGACACUUUCAACCUCACUGCCUCUGUCUUCAUCCUCUAGUGUGUUUGUACGCUGUGAUGAGGAGCGACUUGACAUCAUGAAGGUUCUAAUAACUGGUCCAGCGGACACCCCUUAUGCAAAUGGCUGCUUUGAGUUUGAUGUGUAUUUUCCUCAAGAUUAUCCCAGUUCACCCCCUCUUGUGAAUCUAGAGACAACUGGUGGUCAUAGCGUGCGAUUCAAUCCAAACCUUUAUAAUGAUGGCAAGGUUUGUUUAAGCAUCUUAAACACGUGGCAUGGAAGACCAGAAGAGAAGUGGAAUCCUCAGACCUCAAGCUUUUUGCAAGUGUUGGUGUCUGUCCAGUCCCUUAUAUUAGUAGCUGAGCCUUAUUUUAAUGAACCGGGAUAUGAACGGUCUAGAGGCACUCCCAGUGGCACACAGAGUUCUCGAGAAUAUGAUGGAAACAUUCGACAAGCAACAGUUAAGUGGGCAAUGCUAGAACAAAUCAGAAACCCUUCACCAUGUUUUAAAGAGGUAAUACACAAACAUUUUUACUUGAAAAGAGUUGAGAUAAUGGCCCAGUGUGAGGAGUGGAUUGCGGAUAUCCAGCAGUACAGCAGUGAUAAGCGGGUAGGCAGGACUAUGUCUCACCAUGCAGCAGCUCUCAAGCGUCACACUGCUCAGCUCCGCGAAGAGUUGCUGAAACUUCCCUGCCCUGAAGGCUUGGAUCCUGACACUGACGAUGCCCCAGAGGUGUGCAGAGCCACAACAGGUGCUGAGGAGACUCUCGUGCAUGAUCAGGUUAAACCCAGCAGCAGCAAAGAACUCCCCAGUGACUUCCAGUUAUGAGCUGCAUUGAUGUGGACUUCAUAGACACAAAGGCUUCGAAGCACAAGCCAAAUAUGUCAAUAUUUGUAUGUAAGAAACUAAUUAUGUAAUAGGUAAUGAAACUGAAACUAUACUAUGCCCUUAAGGAGAUCCAGUUUAAUUCAAGGUGAUCUUUUAUUUACCUGUACAGGAGUGUAAACUUUUUUGUGCUUUUAUUUUUCAAUUGUGAGAACCACUGAUUGGUAUGUUCAACAAAUUUGUGUAUACAAAGAAAUGGAUAAAUCACUGCUAUAUAAGGGAAACUACCUUAGGAAAGAAUGUUUACUGAAUGUUUAUUUUAUUUUAUUUUUUUUUUACUGUAGAGUGAGGGGUUGUUAACAAAGAAUAUAUAUUGGUCAUUCUUACAACUACUAUUUAAAGUCAGCAACUUUUCACUGAAUUUGAUAGAUUUUAUGUUUGGCCAUAUCUUCAUGCUCACAUUUGAUUUCUGAAGACUUCCUACAUACACUUCAAUAAAAGUUAAAUGGACAUACUCCCUCUUUUUUGAUUUACUGGUACAUUUUUAAAAUAAUAAAUCCGCCAUAAAAUGCAUUAUAUCUGGAGACUUGCACUUGUAUGGAUGAAUUUAUUACAUUCAACAUAUUUAAUUUUAUGCCUUCUAAUUCUAAGAUGCAGAAAAAAAUAAAUGAACAUGAUUUUAUUCUAUGCCAACA